AUGGGGUCUUUUGACUACAGCAUCUCUGGACAAUUCACAGCUGCGCUCACCAUAUACUCGGGGACAUUCAUGCGAUAUGCCCUUGCCGUGACGCCCAAGAACUACUUGCUGUUCGCCUGCCACUUUGUGAACUUCAACGCCCAGCUCACACAAGGGUAUCGGUGGUAUGAUUACUGGUAUGGCAAUGGAAAAGAACGCUGGGAAAAGAUCCGCGCCGAGAAGGCCAAGACAGAACUUGAGGGCGCGGUCGAAUCGAUCGCCAGUCAGACCAAGGACAAGGUUCAGGGUGCGGUGCAAGAGGUGAAGAAGACGGUGUCGUAA